AUGGAGCAGAUCCACGUCAGUGGCCGCCCGUUCGCCAACUAUCCCUACGCCAAGUACGCGACCGAUAUCAAGUUUCAACCUUCGCAUCGACCGGCCGGCCGAUUCGAAGAGCAGAAACACUACUUCAGCGGGAAACACAAGCUCUACGGACUCAAGAUCGAAGCGUCAGCUUCCCCACAUGGCAAACUCGUGGGCAUGAGCAACCACGAACCUGGUUCAGUGUCGGAUGUCACUAUGUUUCGACUAUCAAUGACAACGGUGAGCUUCAUCAAACCUUUCCGAACAUGUGGACCGUACUGGUCGACAAAGGUUACGUUGGUUUGA